CGGCCAAAAUGGGAAUGAACGUGAGCCGCCAGGUGGACCUAACAGAGAACGAGUAUCUGCAGCGUUUCGUCGGCAAAACACACGUUCCUGCAUACGAUGACGAUUUCUGGAAUAACUUCUUGCAGUACCACAUCAACCUACCGACAAGCAGCCAGGAACAGUUGAGUCUCGAUUUGCGGUUAGAAUCGCUCUGUCAGAGCUUUAUCAGCCACAAUCUGCACACCGGCAACUUUGGCUCGUUGAUAAACGUUUUUCUGCUGAAAGUGUCUGAGCUGCUAACACUGUCCGAUACCGAAAGCAACGUUCACAUAUGGCACGCCUUCAACGCACUGUUCAUAAUCCGCUGCUUGGUCAAGUACAUGAUCGAGACAGGAUCGGAGUACCAGCUGUUGCAGCAUUUUGAAGCGCUACCUGUACAACCGGCAGACAGCGAUACGACACCGAACGAGUCACAUUCGACCGGUACGGGUCAGACCGCUAUUCCUGUGGAUGUCCGUGCGGUAGAGGAAACGAAAGCGGCCGUUGCCAAGCUUGUCGACGGUACAAAAUUUGAAACGUUUCUCGAGGCGCUCGUUAACAUAAUUGUCGUGAUACCGGUGAAAGAAUUCACAUAUCACCUUCAUCUGGAGGCGGUAAACUGCAUGAUCAUUUUGCUCUCAGUCAGCUUAUUUUCCCAGCAAACGAUGGAAAAAUCCACCAUCUACCGUACUAUCUACCGUUGCCAGCAUGCAAACACUCUGAUGAGUGCGCUGUUACAUUUUCUUAGCCGUAUGAGCCAAGCACCCCAGACAAUGUUUGGCUUUGGGACGGGCGGUUCAUUUGUGUUCGGCAUUGCAGAAUCGCUUUGGUCCAUACUAACGUUUGCCCGUAAGCAACCGGACAUACUGACCGCGCAUGAUCUUCCGACCGCUUUCCGGGAGCACUACCCGUUGGCGAAUCAGAGCCUGUUGCUGAUUCUGAUCCUUACCAAUCACCACGCGACGAAAGAUAAUCCCUAUCGGAUCAGUUUAUUUGGAUGUUCCGAUUCACAAGAUUCGCCGAAAAAGGAUCCGGCAACGUUCAAGAUAGACUUUUCCUCACUGUACAACACCCUGUGCCGAAUAGUGACCAUCGAUCAGGCAACCUUGCUACUUUAUCUGCUGCUCUACCGAAACCAAAGAUUCCAGAAGUAUGUGAUGGCACAACAGAACCUUCAGCAGCUUGUUAUUCCGAUCCUGCAAACCCUGUACAAUGCCCCCGAUAGUACUUCACAUCACAUUUACAUGUCGCUGAUAGUUUUGCUCAUUCUUAGCGAAGAUGACAACUUCAACAGAAGCGUACAUCAGAUUAUGUUAAAAAACAUUACCUGGUACACGGAGCGUUCGAUUAGCGAGAUCUCCCUCGGAGGCUUGCUGAUACUGGUUGUCAUCAGGACGAUUCAGUACAACAUGCUAAAGAUGCGGGACAAGUACUUGCACACCAACUGUCUUGCCGCGUUGGCUAACAUGUCCGGCCAGUUUCAAUCACUCCAUCCGUACGUUGCUCAGCGGUUGGUGAGUUUGUUUGAAACCUUAGCGAAGAAGCAUGCACGGCUAGACCAGCAGCUGAAACAACCGAAUGGUCCGAAUGGAGAGCCGGACGUUUCCAUUCCGAUCGGUGGCGGAUUAACGUCCGAAGACAUGUUGCAGGAUUUGUCCGUAUUGGAGGAGGUACUGCGCAUGGUGCUGGAAAUUCUAAAUUCCUGUCUGUCGCAUCAACUAGUGUACUGUCCCAAUCUGGUUUACACUUUGCUGUACAAACGCAACGUCUUCGAGGCCUUCCGAAGUCAUUCGGCAUUUCAGGAUAUCAUACAGAAUAUAGACAUGGUGGUAGGAUUCUUUUCCUCCCGAUUGCAACGGGUGCAAGAGCAGCGCGGAGAGCUUGGCGUUAACGAAGUGCUAGAAGUGAUUUCGAAAGGCGCUAGCCAGUGGUCCAGUGAUCGUUUGCGGAAAUUCCCCGACCUUAAAUUUAAAUACGUCGAGGAGGAUGCGCCAGAAGAGUUCUUCAUCCCGUACGUCUGGACGCUCGUAUGCAAGGCCGGCUGUGUACAUUUUAAUUCCGAAACGAUAAAGGGCGUUAGUGCGGAAAUUGUUUGUUAACAUUACCGUUUUGCUGUCGCCUCAAUCCUGUCAAUCGUUUUCCGGUAGUUUC